AUGCCGGGCAACGGGGACACACCGAAUGAAGGCGACAAAGAGGAGAUGGCGGCGGCGGCGACAACAGCGACAGACGUACCGAGGUCCCACACUGUCUGUGAGGGCCACCACGUGGUCCUAAAGCGAGACGACGUGUUCAAAGCAGUGCAAGUGUACAGGAGGAGAAAAAUCAUCUUUGAGAAGCAGUGGUUUUAUUUGGACAACGCAAUUGGACAUAAAUAUGGCACGACUUUUGAGGUUUCUGUUGGUGGAGCACUCCAACCACUUAAAGCAAAAUCUGAAGAAAUUGAAGAGCUUAAUGAUGCUGGUGUUGAUAACCGAAACAUAAUUGAUGACGGAAAGUCUCAGAAGCUGAGCAGAGAUGACAUUGAGGCACUUAAAGACCAAGGCUUGAAAGGGCAGGUUAUUGUUAAACAUCUGAUAGAAAACAGCACAACAUUUAGAGAUAAAACUGGAUUUGCUCAAGAAAAAUACAUCAGGAAAAAAAAGAAAAAGUAUGAAGCAUUCAUAACUAUCUUGAAACCCACUACAAGAAUAAUGGCCAUGAUGUAUCAUUGCCGUGAACCAAGUAAAAUUUGCCAUUUACGGUAUGACACCCUUGCUCAGAUGCUCGCUUUUGGGAAUAUCCAUGCUGGCUGCAAAAUAAUUGUAGCAGAAACGUGUGCUGGCCUGGUACUGGGCUCUGUAAUGGAGAGGCUAGGAGGUUAUGGAUCUGUUAUCCACAUGUAUCCAGGCAGCAUGCCUAUCAGAGCUGCAAUGGAGAACUUUGGAUUUCCAAACUCAUUUUAUGACCACCUGCACGACUUUCCCAUCAACCAGUUGAACAGUCUUCUUUCUGGGAGUUUUUCAGCUGAGAAUGAAACGUUACAGAAUCAAACCAAAGUAGUGUCGGGAGAAGAUGAUAGGAGCCCUCUGAGCACACAGCGGGGUGAUGGGGUUCCUUGUGCCGAGACCAUGAUGGAUAUCACCCAAGCUGGGGAAACUGAGGCCAAGGAUGUUGCUUGUGAGGAGACAGAAAAUAAAGACCAAAAUGCAGAUAGAAAAUCCAAUGUCGCCGAAAGGAAAAGUAAGCAAGAAGAUCGGCUGAAGAAACUACAGGCUGCUGCUGCUGCGCUUCAGGAGAGAAAUGCAGAUGGGUUAAUUAUUGCAAGUCGGCUUUAUCCAAGUCCUUUACUGCUUUCUCUUCUGGAAUUUGUGGCACCGUCCAGACCAUUUGUUGUCUACUGCCAAUACAAAGAGCCAUUGCUCACAUGCUAUUCGGAUCUGCGAGAAAGAGGUGGAGUUAUUAACUUGAGGCUAUCUGAAACAUGGCUAAGAGGUUAUCAGGUUUUGCCAAAUCGAACCCACCCCAGGCUGACAAUGAGUGGAGGUGGUGGUUAUAUCCUGACUGGUAUCACUGUUGCUAUGGACAGAGGCAAAUCUGUUGCUAGUAUUCCUGAGCCACAGGAGUUCGAAGCUAAAAGACAAAAAGUGGAAGAAUCUAUAAGUUAGCUGUCCAUUGUUCCUGCAAGCAUUACUGAUUACCCAGAAGCUGCUCGACAUGGAGCACAUUGUAAAGUUCAAGCCACAGGUUUUGGAAACGGCUGCACUCUUAUUAUGCUGAUGUAAAAUAGAAAUUGUGCUCUUUGAGAUGAAGGUGGUAAUGGCACUCUCAAUGCAGUGAAAUGUAUAAAUAUAUAUCAUUGUAAAAUAUUUUUGUGCAUCGAUUAAAAUGGGGACGAAAGGGAAAGGAAUUAAGUAUUUUGAAAAUUGUGCCAGUGUUGAAGUUUAGCUUAAGAGAAUAGAUUACAGAGCUCUUAUAUUCGUAGUGCUCUGUUUGAUUUUCCCAUUUGUUUUAUCCUGCCUCUAACUUUCAAAAAUGCAAGUCCAAAUUAAUCAGGAUUUGUUGAGACCUGGAAAGAUGCAACAAAGAAACAGGCCCUUUGGCCCAUCAAUUAAAUGUUGGCCUAUUCUCCCCCCCCCCCCCC